AUGGAAAACCUGAAUCAUGACAACCGCGGGCCUCAACUUCUUGCCGUCAACAUUUUCUUCGGAAUUGUGGCCCUCAUCACGGUUAUUUUGAGGGGAUAUACCCGUGCCUUCAUUGUCAAGGCAUUUGGUGCCGAUGACUGGCUAAUGUUUGCAGCAACGGCUGUAUUUAUAGCGUACUGUUGCAUAUCAAGCGCCGGUGUAUACUAUGGAACAGGCCAACAUAUGUACAAUCUCGAGUUGGAAAAUAUGGAAAAGGCCUUGAUGUUCUGGUGGCUUUGUUAUCUCCUUUACAGCGUCAUUGUGAUCUUUAUUAAAAUCUCUUUUGGCUGGUUCUUGCUUCGUAUCGUAACCACGAGAUUACAUAGUUGGAUCAUAUAUGCAGCAGCCUUAUGCUCCAUCCUUCCUCGCAUUGUUUUCUUCUUCGUUGCGCUUUUUCAGUGCCACCCAGUUUCCUAUUUUUGGGAUAGGUCUCAACCUGGUAGUUGCAUUCAAAUCAGUAUCAUAAUGGCCCUGGUAUAUUUUGACAGCAUCUCCACCAUUAUCACGGACUUUACAUUUGCGAUUCUGCCAGCAUUCGUUAUCUGGAAUCUGAAUCUAAGAGCACAAGCCAGGUAUGCGCUGAUCUUCUUGGUUGCGCUAGGCUGUGUGGCAAGCGCUGCUGUUGUUGUACGACUUGCUUAUACCCACACGUUCACGAAUCCAGAUUUUCUAUAUGCGACCACCGACAUUGCCAUCUGGUCAACUGUUGAAAUGGGUUUGGCUAUUAGUGCUGCAAGUAUGGCGACGCUGCGACCAUUAGUUAAGGAGCUAGGGUGGAAACUGGGACUUGCAUCUUCACAACCUUUGUCACGGAGCCGGGGGCCAUACGGCAAUAAAAUACCGUCGAGUGAUAUGCACAAGACCAACGGCAACAAUCGCUUGGAUAUUCACGUCUUGUCUGAGUUUUCACAAGGGUCCAACAAACGAGGCGGCGGCCGAGAAGGGCUAGGGACACAUGCAAGAGCAUAUUCUAGCAAGAACAUGAUGAGGCAGUCGUACAAAGAGGCCAAUAUGGACCUUGAUAACGAGAGUCAGGAGCAGUUGAACGAUCCAUGA